AUGGGCUGGGACAAGGAGAGUAAACCAAAAGAGAAGAAAAGAAAAGAAGCUAAGACGGUCAGUAACGGUUCCCACAAAGGUCAAAAGAAGAAAAUAACACAUGAAACUAGCCCUGCCACAAGUGACAGUGAAAGUGAAGGCACUGAGCGGGCCAGUACAUCCCAAAAAAAGCCAAAGAAGAAAAGAACACAAGAAACUAGCUAUGACACAAGUUACAGUGAAAGUGAAGGCGCUGAGCGGGUCAGUACACCCAAGAAAAAUCCAAAGAAGAAAAUAACACAUGAAACUAUCUAUGACAUAAGUGACAGUGAAAGUGAAGGCACGGAGCGGGCCAGUACACCCAAGAAAAAGCCAAAGAAGAAAAGAACAAAUGAAACUAGCUAUCACACAAGUGACAGUGAAAGUGGAGGCGCUGAGCGGGCCAGUACACCCAAGAAAAAGCCAAAGAAGAAAAGAACACAUGAAACUAGCUCUGACACAAGUGACAGUGGGAGUGAAGGUGCUCAGCAGACUACUUAAUCCCAAAAAAGGUAAAAAAAAAAACACCAGAAAUUGGGCGGCCCAGUACAUCUAA